GACUUGGAAAAGUAGAGUCUUUCACUCGCAUCCACUUUUCUCUCCUCUCCGGUGGAUCUCCGGCCAACAACCACGCCGGUGGCAAUUGCAGCAGGUUCUAAAUAAAGCAAUUAAAUCUGCUUUCUAGUAACGCAAAUUAAGAUCAGAUCCGAACAAAAUCAGAACAAAGGAUUCGAUCGGUUGGUUGGAUUGGUUGGUCCCUACAGAUCGAACAGAUUAGCUUUAAAUCAUUUGGCUGUACUGUUCCAUUGGAUAGCUGAUCGGCUCCGCCAUGGAAGAAAGCAAGAUCGCUGGCUUCCGAGACGAAGAGCUCGAAGAGAGCUUCACUUUCAGCUCCUUGGAGUUCUUCGACGCCUCCACCGGGCUGUUUCCCAACGAAGAUGAAGAGAGCUACAUCGAAAUCGCUCUCGAACCAGCAGAGGCAACAAUAAGAAACUGCUCCGGUAGUGGUGGCGGAGAGGAGGAGAUUGAGUUUCGGAUUUCCUUCUCAUCGGCUGCUUCGUUUCCUGGCUUCCCCUCGUCUUCGCCGGCCUCCACCUUGUGCUCUUCCACCUCCGGCAGCAGUGGUCAUGAGUAUGCAACCGGAGCUGCAGUAUCAGAUAGGUCUCCGGAGCUGGAAGGAGGAUUCAGGCUUCCAUCUAUGGACGGAGUAAGUGAUGGCAACAAAAGAAAGGUGCAAAUUCCGGUGUUAGAGCGUUUGUUGAAUGCGUUCCUGCCGGCUUGGAAGCGAUCGCCGUUUGAAUUCAGGACCGAGAAUGGCCGGCCGGAUGCUGAUGCUGAUGAUCAGCAUUUGCCCGGAAGCUUGGAGUUGGCCAGAAAUAGGACUAGGAAACCCUCAAAGUUGAAUGCUGCAGCAACAAAUGGUGGAGUGAUGAAGUUCCUAAUCAAGUUCCAGUCCAUGAGCAUCAGAUCCAUGCUAUCUCCAUUCCUCAAUCUCCACCAACUUAGCAACAAUUACAAUCGCAGAAACAAACAGCUCGGAAGCUGUAAACUGAGGCUCAAGAGCUAUCACAGACUGAUCAGGCCCUUUGACAGACGGCCGGCAGCUAGAAGCAGGACCCUGCAAAAAGACCCCGCCGCCGGCUUCACCUUUCAGAGUCAGACCUACUCUCUUGGAAACGGAGGCCGGAGAUCCGAGGUCGUUGCCGGACGGGCUAAAAGCUGCCCGAGUUCGAUCAAAUCCUCCCCGCUUCACGGCGGAGCGGCGGCCAGAAUGCCGCCCGGAGAGAACUCCGUGCAUGCUGCAAUUGCGCACUGUAAGAGGUCCUUCGGUCAGCCCAUUGAUUGAGUGUGGCAGUCGCAGCGGAUCGACUAAUGGUCCGAUUAAGUUAGCCGACAAAGAUGAAGUUACUUUUCAAUGUUCAGCGACGGACUGGGAGGGAGGGCUUGUCCAAAUGUUAAGUUUGUGUUCCUUUUAAAAUAUAAUAAUGCUUUGAAAUUAAUAUUAAUUUUAAUAUUAAUUCAAUUAAAAAUAAAUAAUAAUUAAAAAAAUUAGUUAUUGUCAACCUCUAUGGUAGGUUUUAGGACUUCAUCACCAACAAUAGGGUAGGGGUUGUUGGUGAUGAACCCAUCAUCGAUGUGCUCCUUAUGUAGAAAGAGAAAGAAGAAAAGAAGUUAUUGAUGUUGUCUGAUUAAAAUUAAUGAU